AAGACACACACGCACACACGCGAACGACGACAGGACGGCGGUGCGGUGAGCUGCCGUGUGUGCAGACUAUAGAAGAGGCUGCGGCGCAUGUGAACUGGCUAGUAGCCCGAGGCGGAGAGAGAGAGACGAAGAACAGCCAAAAGACCCAGCCGCGCUGCCGCCUUGGACAGUUGGAGCAGAGACGCGUCCGCUCGCUCGGGCAAACGGCAUUGUCAGAGACUACAUACGUAUAUAUAUACGCGUCAGCAAGAGUGUACAGCCCGGCGCCAGCAGAGAUGAAUGGCGGUCAGAGCGCUGCGCAGACCGCGCGCAAAACAGCUCGCCGCCGCCGCAGCAGCAGUAGUAGUAGUAGUAGUAGCGGCAGCGGCGACCAGCAGCAGUGGGUCGACCAUGAUGGCCUGCCCACUUGGGGGCGAGUGCUCAUCGCAGGCGGAACCGACUGGCCCAUGCUUGGGCGCAAGCAGCCAACCAAGGCUCCCUCUGCAGCCGGCCCGCCCCCAUCCUCCUCCUCCUCCGUGAACAGCAGCAACCCGCUGCAGAUCCCCACCGCCGACUUACCCACGCCGCACAUUCUUCGCGCGCUCUCCAACGUGCGCAUCGCCAAGAUACGCUCCUCGCAUGCCAGCUGCCACGCCGUCUUCCUCUCCACCAAGGGCCACGCCUACGUCCUCGGUCGCAACGAGCACGGCCAGCUCGGCCUGCCCGUCGCACCUGCUUCCCACGCAGCAGAUAGCAGCAGCAGCAGCAAAGCGCAUGCAGCCGCGCAGUGUGGCCCCGCCGUCUUUGCGCCAGUGCGCCUCUCGCGCACGCGCCACUUCCGCCCACCCCUCCCGACUGGACCGCGCGGCGCCAUCAUCGAUGCCGCCUGCGGACGCCACCACACGCUGCUCGUUACGCGCGCCGGCCACGUCUAUGCGGCCGGCAGCUGCGCCUCGGGCCAGACCACCUUCCUGCCCGACCGCCGGCACGGAGCAAGCACCGGGAGCAGUGGGAGCAUUCUUGACGUCUUCACGCUCAUCGACGACGCACCAUGGAUGCGCCCGCGCGACCCUGUCGUGCAGGUCGCUGCCGGCGCCACAUUUUCGCUCGCGCUGACCGCCGCCGGGUGUGUCUACGCGUUCGGCAGCGCCGAAAAGGGCCAGCUCGGCAACGGCCGCACCGGCGAGCACAUUGCCACCGGCAACCGCACCGCCUACGCCCUGCACGCCCGCCCGCUCCUCGUCAGUGCCGGCGGCCUCGCCGAGCACAGGGUUACUCAGAUCAGCGCUGGCCUGCAGCACGCUGUUGCGCUCACCGAGGAGGGCUACCCGUUCGUCUGGGGCUUUGGUGGCUACGGCCGCCUCGGACUCGGCACCCAGCACGACCAGCUCGUCCCUACGCUUGUUCACCAGUUUGCCAAGGACCUCGUCAAGCUCAGGGCCGCGCAUGUCAUCGCCGGCCCCACGUGCACCGCCAUCAUCGACGGCCAGCGCACCUUCUACCUCGCCGGCAAGUGGAAGACCUCUGGCGACGGCGGGCUCGGCCAGGGGUUCAUGACGUACAAGUAUCUACCGGACAUGAUGGGCGUCAAGGUGCAGCGCGCCUCGCUCGGCGGCGUCACGCUCUUCGCCAUCUCCGACGAGGAUCCCAAACUGCAAGGCGCGCACAAGGCGACGAUGAACGUCUGCUGGGGGCAGAACGCCUCCAGCGGUGAGCUUGGCCUCGGCGCCGACAAGCCGCGUAGCGCGACCAAGCCGGUGCGCUGCGAGCCGCUCGACGGCAUCGCACUGCUCGACGUCGCUGCUGCGCAGAACACCACCUUCUUCCUCGCGCGCAACCAGGGUGACGCAUAUGCGAACCUCCCGCGCUUCCCCGAACAAGUCGAUACCGUCGUGCAAGAUUGCAUGGUCUGCGGUCGUAAUGACGAGGACGCCCAGGCGCAGCGCGGCGACCUGCUCGAGUGCGAAAAGUGCGAUGGACCUUACCACCUCCAGUGCCUCCACCCGCCGCUCGACGGCGUCCCAGACGGCGAGUGGCACUGCCCCGUCUGCGUCGAGGAGGGCGAGCGCGCCGGCGAAGAGUCGCAGAGCGACGCUGAUGCCGACGCCGAUGCUGAUGGCAGCGAGCAGGGGCAGGAGCACGCUGGUGCGAGCCGCGCGCAGCAGCAGCAACUCGCUGCUUCCGGGAAUAGUUCCAGGACCGGCAAGGGCACCAAGCGCAAAGGCUCACAAGACGGCAUCGACAAGGCAAAAACGUCCGGCAAGAAGAAGCGAACCUGAGCGGCAUGGUCGCCUGCUUCCGUUUUCGUUCUUGCGCGUGUAAGCGAAAAAAUACUACGAGAAAAAAAUGGAUGCAUGCGAUCCGAUGCUUUUGAAGGUUUAUGGAGUUUCACUUUUGGCUUCUUUCGUUCGCGAAGAGCGC